CGUCCAACGUCUUGUUAGGUGAGGAGUGAAAAAACAGCGAACCGCAUAUUGAGCGCAUAUUUCAGCGGCUGUGCGACAGCGUCUGCCUGCGUUGUGUUUAGCAGAUAAGGAGGCUCUCCUGCUCCACUCAUCACCAAGCCACUUGGUUUCCAACUCGGACGACGAUCAGAUGUUACGCAAUGACAGCGGCAAGAGUGACUUCCUGCAGCUAAAAACCAGCUAGCCCGGCUAGCCCGCUUUGACGUGCUAAGUCAACUGGUAGUAGUACUAGUAGUAGUUCCGCUCGGCGUAGAGCGAAGUUUCAGAGUCCGAACCAAAGUUUCUUCACGUCCAAUAUUUCAGUGUGAGGGAGGGUCCCGGUUCUGUUCUGGAACAUGGCUCUGGUAGCGGCUUUGAAGCGACUAGCUUUCAACAGUUUACGGGGUUAUUCGCGGAGGACGGUGGCGGUGUCCGGACUCACCGCUCACAGGAGUUUGACCACCGUACAACCUCUCAGGUCGGAGAACAAAGUGACGGUCCACUUCAUAAACCGUGACGGGGAGAAGAUCUCUGUGAAGGCUUCGCCUGGAGACACUCUGCUCGACGUUGUCAUCAACGAAGACCUGGACUUUGACGGUUUCGGGGCGUGCGAAGGAACUCUGGCGUGCUCCACGUGUCACCUGAUCUUCAACGAGGAGGUGUACAAGAAGCUCGGGCCGGUCACGGACGAGGAGAUGGACAUGCUGGAUUUAGCGUACGGCCUGACUGACACAUCUCGCUUAGGUUGCCAGAUUUGCUUGACGAAAUCCCUGGACGGCAUCGUCGCUCGGGUUCCGGAGAGCGUGGCCGACAUCCGGCAGACCAAAGACGGCUCGUCUUAACGGCCGAAAACAUGGACGUAGGCAGUUUAGAGCGUCCGGUCACGGGCCAGGAAAACGGGGUGUGCACCAUGGUAGGUUUUCAGCGUGGCUCUCACAGAACCGUCCUCAUUUUAAAAUUAGAGGCGAAAUAUUUUUACAAAUCUGAAACUAGCCAGCAGAUCAUAUAUAGAUGUAUAUAUAAACUGCUGUCCAGCUAAAAUGAACUAAUAUAGAACUAAAAUCUGAUUUAUUGAAAAAAGACCAGGUUUUGCUGCACCUUUCUUCCACUGUUUUAACAGUUUCUGGCUAAAUUUGCACCAAAUCAACGUUUCUCGUCGGAUCAUUUAUUGACUGAAAUGUUCCGGAAUGGAUGCCGCCAUACGUCUGGCGCCUCAAACGACAGCCGCACCCCAAUCUUCUGUGUUUUUAUUUUUUUUCCUGUAUGAUCACACAUUUCUGCCAUGAUUGUACAUAGCUAGAGCACAUCUGUAAAAACAUAAUGAUAAAUAAAAUAAAAAAUCCACCUUUU